AGUGCCCUCUUUCCAACAGUACAAUUUUAUUUACGCCCGAUAAGAUAUCGAUUAAUGUUUGAUAUGCGGACUAAGUUUCAUGCAUUCAAUGAUCUGGCACUUGCUGUGUUGACGCGUCGUUAACUGGUGUCCAGUAUUCAGACAUACUAGGUACACGCAGCGCGAGUUCAGUUUAGCCAUGGACAACGAAGACUGUGAUGAGAACACGAAACUGUUGAGGAAUCGGACGAAACGUGACUCGAUUGUGCGCUCGCGGUCGAACAGUGUGGAGAUUCGGUCGUUCGAAACUGUGUUUGACAGUAGGAUGGUGAAGUCUUCCACACAAAUUGGGGAAUUGGCAGCCACAUGGGGAGGACGGGCGUCGCUGCCUGACUCGAGGCGGUUGCGCCGUGUGCACUCAUGGUCUGGAUUGCCACCCGAUGACGCCAGCUCCGAAAUCAGAAUCCUUAGGGAACGUUUGGUAAGGACACAGACUCGUCCACGACCGGGCGCGCUCCGGCACCUGUCCCGCCGGCAGCGGCUGACGCUGGCGUCACUAGCUCUGGUCGACUUCAUGAGCUUCUGCUCCAUGAGCAUCAUGGCGCCGUUUUUUCCUAGAGAGGCUUCGCUGAAGGGCCUCUCGGACACCAUGUGCGGAAUAGUGUUCAGCUUCUAUGCCGUCGUUAUGUUCAUAACUUCGCCAUUUUUCGGGAAGUAUUUACCAACGGUAGGAGCUAAGUUCAUGUUCAUAUCAGGAAUGUUUGUAGCUGGUACGUGUAACGUUUUAUUUGGCACUCUCGCUUUAAUACAGGACCCUGCCACAUUUUUGUGGCUGUGUUUCGUGGUGCGAGGAUUGGAGGCACUCGGUGCGAGUGCGUACUCCACUGCCAGCUACGUGUUCGUGGUGAACGCUUUCCCAGAGAGCAUCGGCUCGGUUCUGGGCAUACUGGAGACGUUUGUCGGACUGGGCAUGUCUGUCGGACCGGCUAUAGGCGGCCUGUUGUAUACGAUCGGGGGAUUCGGCCUACCAUUCUACAGUCUCGGCGUUGCAAUGGUGCUGACAGUCCCAAUCAACUAUUUCCUACUGUCAGACUGUGAAGAAUUUGCCGUCGGCUCCAAAUCAGCUUCCAUACUGCGCCUGUUCAAGAUUCCUUCCAUAAUUAUCACGGGGCUGGUUAUAGUGAUUGUGUCGAACACGUGGGCCUUCCUCGAUCCCACUCUGGAGCCCCAUCUGCGCCAGUUCAACCUCACCACAGAACAGAUCGGAUUGAUAUUUCUGCUGUUCUCUAGUCUGUACGGGAUCUUCAGUCCGAUAUGGGGAUGGGUCGCCGAUAGAGUACACAAUCAUUGGUGUAUGAUGGUAUGGGGCUUAUUCUUAUCAACAUUAGGGCUACUAUUGUUAGGCCCUUGUCCCUUCAUUCCCGGUCUUCCAAGGGAUUUAUGGUUGGAUCUCGUUGCGCUCUCGAUAUUGGGAAUAUCAGUGGCGUUAACAUUAUUGCCAACCUUUCAAGGCGUUCUAGCAAGUUCAAUUUACGAAGGAGGUUGCCCGGAAGCACUAGCUACGUACAGCGCGGUGGCCGGCGUGUGGUCUUGCUGCUACUCGCUGGGGGAGGUGCUCGGCCCGGCGUUGGGAGGAGCGCUGUCACAACGCUACGGAUUUCCACUGUGCGCUACACUGUGUGCCGCAGCGUGUUUCACUAUAGCUGUGGUGACGUUGACUUUCUUUUCGUUGCGGGAGUCCAAGAAAUGGGAGAACUCAUUGGAGUCCGGCUCCCACUCCAUCCCUUACACGGACACCACUUGGAACAGCAACAACUUCUGCCGCACUCGAAGUGCGCCCGCCUCGAGAGCGGAAUACUCACCGUUGCUCACUCCCUGCUCGUACCAUAACAACAACGGAAAUGGUUAUUCUUACGGGAUGUCCCCAGUUAAACACUUCUGUUUCAUACAUAACAAGAGCAAUAAAAGCGGCGCGGCCAGCAUCGCCGACGGCGUAAUAUACUUCCUUAAAUUCCAAUUUUUAACCGACAUUUACAUAAAAAUAAGGAAAUCGCACAGAAAAAAGAGCCAAUGCGUUACCAGUGUUCUUUACCAAAACUAUUUGGAGGAAAGCGAAGUCAAGAAAGAAGAUCCCAGCGACAGCAGAACUGCGAACAAUAACGUCAACAAGUUCUGCAAUUCUGAAAAUAAAUACUGCGCUUAUCUGGAAAGUGCUAUUUUCGGCAGCCACGAUGUUGUUGAGAACUUACACACGGAUCACUUGAAGGUGAAAAACUACCAUCACGGGCUGGUCCCAGCACUGUUAGUGUGCGACGAGGAGAAGAAAUCCUCUGGCGAGAUCAUAAGACACAACCUUGAAAAGGUGCAAUUCUAUGAACAGAACCAGAGCUGCAACUCUAUCGAAAGUAUUUUUGAUGGUUGUGAAUGCAGAGAUGGUGUAACGUUUGUGAGAGGCACAGUAACUGUUUCCUCAGCUGGUGCUUGUGAAGUAUAAAAUUUUGGUCCAAACUGUAGAUAAAUAAAUAUGCAUUUUUAAUUCUCAAUUAUGCUAAGUUAAUUACUAAGUUAUAAUAUAGUUUUCACUUCAAUAAUAAAACCAAAAG